CUAAUGCAACCAUCACUCCAGGAGCUCAGGCUGCAGCAAAAGAAUGAUUGGAGGCUCAUUUAGAGCAAGGGGCGGGGGCUAAGAAAAACUGACUCCUGGGAAGCACCAAUAUAGGACUAGGCAUGAUCCGAAUCCACAUCUUGGAGGGAAAGGCUUUUGUGUGGAAUUAUGCUGAUGUGCGGAAGAUGCGAGAGGAGUAUCGUAUUGUCGGCAAGCUGGUUGGAGCAUUGGCUCGGAAGCCACGACAGAAUGUGCGGCUGGGGCUUCCUUUGCAGUUGCUUCCAGAAGAGGCCCGGCUGCUGGUGGAAAAGGGGUUGGCAAUCUUGUUUAAAAAUCCAGCAUCCCAACCCCUCGGAGAUGAUCCAAGCCAGGAUCCCUCAGCCCUAGAGGAGAUGACUGCCUACCAAAAAGGGCUAGAGGAGAACUAUCAGGAACAGGUUCAGCUUACUGCUGAACAGAGGAAAACUGUGCUGGGCAGUCUUGCAGAGCGUAUAGCCCAGGGCCGGGCAAAGAAACAGCAGCAGAAAGAGGAAGAGGGAGAUCCUUCCUUGAAGCCUGUAGAUUUGGAAUCCAGUUUUGUGCUUCCCCGACAAUCUAUGAUGGUCCAGCUCCCAACAGAACGGAUCCACCCAGGGGCAGAAGAGGAAGUGGAUUGGCAAGUGCAAUCCCAAGACUGGCCUUAUGCUGGACAAUCAGACCAUGAGAUACGUUACAGCAUUUUCCGGAAUCUCUGGGAACGGGGCUACUAUGUCACCAGUGGGAGCAAAUUUGGGGGUGACUUCCUUGUUUAUCCAGGUGACCCGAUGCGGUUCCACGCCCAUUACAUUGCCCUGUGUGUCUCUAAAGAUGUGCCCCUCUCUCUGGGCGACCUUGUAAGUGCGGGGCGCCUUGGGACCAACGUCAAGAAAACUGUUCUUCUCUGUUCAGUGGACCAGGAUGGGACAGCAGUCUAUACAUCCUUGCAGUGGAGUGGGAUGCAGUGAGAACAGACUGCCCAGGGGGGAAUGUAGGCUUGCCAUUCCAGCAGCUGCGAGGAGCUGUGCUUGAGCUAGUGCUGUUGUCUCCUUCAACUGCUCUCUACGUCACUGAUAGCUAACCUCAACAUUGCAGUUGUAUACAGGAUUGUUCAUGUGAAGUCUUACAAGAGCACUCUAAUAUGCACAGCAGAGGGCAGCUCUGUGUACAUAAAUAGAUAUGAAAGGAGAAAAACUUGGAUUAUCCUUGGCAGCAUUUCUGCAGUAGUAUAACAUUACUGUUCAAGGCUGCUCUGAACCAUGGAUUUGUACCUGUUCAGAAACAAUAAGAGCCAAAGGUUCACGCUGUAGAUCAGGGGAGCCUUUUAUCAGCUCAAGAGCCGUAUUUUCUCAUAGGCAGCCUUGUAGGGGCCGCAUGUCAGUGGUGGGUAGGGCCAGAGGGAAAAGUGGGCAGUGGAGCUGCAGUGACAUUCACCGUUUGUGCAGGCAGAGUUCUCUGUGCACACACCCCAUGAACGCAUCUUUCUAUGCAAGCGAGCAAAGAGGCAACAUCACAGUUCAAGAUAGGCUUAAGCCGUCAAGGAGGGUGUGGGAUAGGGCUGGUGAGAUCUGGGAGAGGGUGUGGGGCCUGAGAAGAGUCCCAAAGGCCAGAUAGGGGCUCUGGGACUGGGCAGGGGCUGAAUAAAAACCUAGGGGUCAAAAAGGCCUUAGGCUGGAAAAGAAACUUGAGAUAUAGUGCACAGGAAACUAAUUAGGAACUAUAAGUGUCAGAAAUUGAGGGCACAGGCACAAACAGAAUGCACCUCCUUUGCCAGCAAGAAACCCCUGUAUUUAAUAAGAUGAUUCCACAAUGACAGCAUUCUUUUUUUAUAUAUUUUUUAUGAUUCCUAGUAAUGGUGAUUGCUGAAUAAAUGAUUAUAUAUUGAUA